AUGAACAUAAUUAAUGAUCCAAAUUAUUAUGAUAAAUUCUCAAAGAACAAAACAAAUAUAUGCUUCCCAUUGAGUAACAGAAUUACAUAUGCAGAAGCAGAUCAAUACUACAAAUCAAUCAAACCAAACUUCAUGUCUGAUUUUGUUAUUUCGAAUCCGGAUAAAGUUAUUCCGAAAAAUUUUACAGGAAUGCAUCAAGAAUGCAGCAUCAAAGUAUAUCCAUCAUAUAAGUUACAAACCACAAAAUUCAUAGAAAAAGAACCAAAUGAUUUUAUCAAUCUUCCUCAAACAAAAACUUUUGCAUUAACAUUCUUAGGAAGUGGAUCGAAAUUCCCUACAAGAACAAGAAAUGUUCAAUCAGUUCUUGUUCAUUGCAAGGAAGGCUACAUGAUACUUGACUGUGGAGUAAACAGUGUUGGACAGAUGAGAAGAUUAUUUGGUGUUGAAGGAACAAAUCACAUCUUGAAGAAUCUAUUCUGCGUUUGGAUUUCUCACUUUCAUUCAGAUCAUUCUUUAGGUCUUGCAGUAAUAAUGGAAGAAAGACUUAAAGUUACUGAUAGAAGAUUAACUGUUUUAUGCGAUCACAUCACGCAUGGAAGAACAAUUGUAAAAGAACCAUUAUAUGGUGAAGAUUAUUUCAAAGCAGAUUUCAAAAAUCGAAAUGACGUUUUUAAAUAUGGAAACAUCCAAUUAAGAAGUACUCCUGUUCAUCAUGAUUUUAGAGGAACUUCAAUGGCCUGCGAAAUAACCUUUGAUUCGAAAUACAAAUUGGUUAUGAGCGGUGAUAGAAAUGCUUUUUAUGAAGAUAUGGAGAAAGAAUUCAAAUCAACAGAUAUUUUAAUUCAUGAGGCAACUUUCAAAGACGAUUCAAAUGCUGAAGAGGAAGAUCAUUGUGAUAGAGUCCAUUCAACAUUUUCAGAAGCAGUAGAAAGUGGAAAAAAGCUCAAUGCAAAGUUUGAGUUCUUAAAUCAUUGCUCUCAAAGAUAUGAUUUAAAUGAGUUUUGUUUACCAAAACAUCCAAAUGUAAUGUUUGCUUAUGACUAUCUUACAAUUAUGAUACUAUUGAUCAUGAUUUUCCGAUUAUAA